AUGACUGCACGCGCACUGCACUACGUUUUCAAGAUUGGCGAUCGCCAGAAAUCCUACGAUUUCUUCGUGAAGACGCUUGGAAUGAAGAUUCUGCGCCAUGAAGAAUUCCAGGAGGGCUGCGCCGCCGAGUGCAACGGACCUUACAACGGACUCUGGAGCAAGACGAUGGUCGGAUAUGGAGCUGAGAGCAGCCACUUCGUGCUCGAGCUCACCUACAAUUACACAAUUGGUGGCUAUAAACUGGGAAACGACUACGAGUCGAUCACCAUUUCGGGCGGCAAUAUCUACGAUGAGAUUACGAAGAAGAAUGUCGACAAGACAGUUUCGGGAAAUCUGCAUCUCCAAGAUCCGGAUGGUCACCUGUUCAUCAUCGCCCCGGGUGAUGGUAGACUAGACAUUCAAAAGGUGGCUGUGAGAGUCAAGGACUUGGAGAACAGCCUUGAUUACUGGAACAACCACCUAAAGAUGCCAGUCGUCGAGCAGACAGAAAAUCAUGCCACCCUCGCCUACGAAAAGGACCAGGCUGCAUGGCAGCUAAUCAAAACAGGCGCAACGAUUGACAGAGGCAGUGCGUAUGGCCGGAUUGCGUUCGCGUAUCCGGGAAAAGAGCUCAAAGAUCUCGAGAAGCGCAUCGAGGGCGCCGGUUUUAAGGUGUUGAAGCCGUUUGUGACGCUGGAAACUCCAGGAAAAGCUGAUGUUCAAGUUGUUAUCCUUGCAGAUCCGGUGGACCCGGGCGCCGAUGCUGCUCUCCAGAAGGCGAUGGCCAAGGACAACAGCAACGACUGGUUCAAGGAUGGCGGCAAGAAGACGGCC